CGCGAGGAAGGCCUACGACGGCAACUGGUCGCCCUUCAACAGCGCUCCCUCGCCGACACCUCCCGACGGCAAUACAACGCGACAUGGGGUCAAUGGACAGCCUUCAGUCACCAGCUCGGACGUUCUCCAUGGUUACCCCAAAACGACGAAGUCGCGCAGUCUCUCCAAUUGGUGCUGUUUGCCAUUGAUCGAUGGUCUGCCGCGCCGUCAAACGUUCAGCCGAGGGCCAUUUCCACCAUUCACACCCAAGUUAGCCAUGUUAAGUGGUUUCAUCGUGUGUACGCCGGAUUUGAACCAGCAAUUACACCCAGCCAUGCCACUGCCUUCGCGGGUAUGCGCCGACUCAGCCCAGUGCCCGAACCCAGAACCCCAGUGUCACCUGCCAUGCUCGAGUGGAUUGCAGAGAACAUCGACUACGAAAACCCCCAGCACCGCCUCUUUCUUGGGGCUGCGCUGCUGGGUUUCUUCUAUCUUCUCAGGAGCUCGGAGUAUCUCGCAGUCAAAGGAGGAAGGCAUCGAUAUGCAUUAGAAGUACGCGACGUGCAGGUGUGCGAAGCGACAGGCGGCCCUGCGUUCACUAUCGCCAGAGCGUCAUACGCAGUGAUCAAUUUGCGAGGAAGCAAAACAGAUCAGCAAGGUCUUAACACGGCACGCUCGCUGUCACGGUCCGGCCACGCCCGCGUGUGUCCAGUGCUAGGGGCGGCCAUGCUCCUGGAGCUGGCCGAACGACUCGGCUUACGAUCGCAUGACGCUCUCUGCUCUUUGAGCAGGACACGUAUGCUCAAGGCCGAAGAGCUGUCCAAAGUACUGAAGGCGGCAGCCGUAGGCAUCGGGGCAGACCCUCGACGCGUCUCGUGCCAUUCACUACGCAGUGGUGGCGCCACUGCACUGAUCGCAAACGGCGUGGAUUCGACUACGAUUAAGCUCCACGGUUGCUGGAAGUCAAGCGCGUUCCAACGCUACACGCAAUACUCCAGCAAGGUUGGAGAACCGUUAGCAGCACUGAUGACCGGCAACAGCAAC